AUGGGAAAAUGUUUCAUUUGUGGACCUGAUGAAUAAAUUGAAGCUACUUAUGCUAAUAUGUUGUUAAUUCCAAUGAUUGAAUUAUUCAAAAAGAAUUGUGAAAUAAGGGAAUUAUUUAAAUGA